GUCCGACCAAGAGACGCCGGCCGAGCCCGAGGCUUGGGCUUUUGCUUUCUGGCGGAGGGAUCUGCGGCGGCUGAGGAGGCGGCGCUGAUCCUGGGAGGAAGAGGCAGCUACGGCGGCGGCGGCGGUGGCGGCUAGGGCGGCGGCGAAUAAAGGGGCCGCCGCCGGGUGAUGCGGUGACCGCUGCGGCAGGCCCAGGAGCUGAGUGGGCCCCGGCCCUCAGCCCGUCCCGCCGGACCCGCUUUCCUCAACUCUCCAUCUUCUCCUGCCGACCGAGAUCGCCGAGGCGGCCUCAGGCUCCCUAGCCCCUUCCCCGUCCCUUCCCCGCCCCCGUCCCCGCCCCGGGGGCCGCCGCCACCCGCCUCCCACCAUGGCUCUGAAGAGAAUCCACAAGGUAAGCCGCCGGAGGUAGGCUGCGCGGCUGGCCAGCUGAGCAGGCUGCGGCCUGCACUUCCCGCCGUAGUCUCCGUCGGGCUCGCGGCCUCCUUGGAUCUUGCUGCCGGUGCUGGCCCCGCGGGGCGGCCUCCAUACCCCACUCCCAGUGAUGGCGCCCGUGGAGGCCCCGGCGCGCAGCCCGCGCUUAGGCCGGAGGUGCUCUCGCGGCCUCAGCGUUCCUCCCCGGCUGCCCUUCCAGGCCCGCAUGGUGUGGACUCUUAGGGCUUCUCUCCAGUCUGGGACUGCCGCUGCACUUGAGGGCCAUUGUCCGGCCAGGAUGGCGGGGUUGGGGCCGAGGGGGGCGCUGGGGCGUUGGGCGGCCCCUUCGACAGAGGUCGAAAGGGCUUCUCGCCCCAUUUCUGUUCCCUCCUCCCACACCUGCCCUAGCUCCCUCCACAAAACCGCCUGAGCUCGGGCGGACAGAGGAAGCCGUUUUGCCCGAUCCACAAGUAUAUCCUGAGUUCACUUACCUCUUGGGUGGCAGCACACAUCGGUCCACCCCGCUUGUCCAGAAACUGUUAAGAGUUGGAAGUUCAGAAGAAAAAAAAAAAGGAAUUGAAUGAUCUGGCACGGGACCCUCCAGCACAGUGUUCAGCAGGUCCUGUUGGAGAUGAUAUGUUCCAUUGGCAAGCUACAAUAAUGGGGCCAAAUGACAGUCCCUAUCAGGGUGGAGUAUUUUUCUUGACAAUUCAUUUCCCAACAGAUUACCCCUUCAAACCACCUAAGGUUGCAUUUACAACAAGAAUUUAUCAUCCAAAUAUUAACAGUAAUGGCAGCAUUUGUCUUGAUAUUCUACGGUCACAGUGGUCUCCAGCACUAACUAUUUCAAAAGUACUCUUGUCCAUCUGUUCUCUGUUGUGUGAUCCCAAUCCAGAUGAUCCUUUAGUGCCUGAGAUUGCUCGGAUCUACAAAACAGAUAGAGAAAAGUACAACAGAAUAGCUCGGGAAUGGACUCAGAAGUAUGCGAUGUAAUUAAAGAAAUUAUUGGAUAACCUCUACAAAUAAAGAUAGGGGAACUCUGAAAGAGAAAGUCCUUUUGAUUUCCAUUUGACUGCUUUCUAUGAGCCCACGCCUCAUCUUCCCCUGUGCACAUGUUUACCUGAUACAGCAGUGCUGCGUGUUGUACAUACUUGGAACAACAAACUAGAAAUACUGUACUUCUGUACCAACAUUGCCUCCUAGCAGAGAAGUGUGUGUGUGACAAGCCAGUUCUACAGGCAUUACCUAGGUGUGAGACUAAAAGCUUUUCUUAUUGACUUAAAUUUGGAUAACAGCAAGGUGUGAGGGGGGUGGUGGGUAUGGUGUGUGCUUGGAUGGGAAAGAAAAGGCUCCACUCACCUAUAGGAGAUUAUUUUUAAGUGGAAUCCAUUUAAACUCAAAACAGUUAUGAAAAGCAAGGUGAAGAACAUGAAGCUGUGUCUGUAUUCAUUUUAUUCCGAAGGAGCUACGUCUUAGGUGAAAGUUAUGACCAACCAGAUUAAACUCUACCCACAUCCUGCAUUUUAAGGUCUAAGUUUAACUGGUCAACAUUUAAAUGGAUUGGAGCUAUUAGUACAUCAAGUGUGAUGGGCUUUGUUCCCAACUCUUUUACAUCUCCCUACCCCUUCAACCUUUGGCCUUUCAGCCCUUCUUUCUCUCUUCCAUAUUCUUUGGUUUGUAUGUGGUUUCUCAGUUAAUACAUAGCUAAUAGCUCUUAUUUUUCUUAUGUUUUUAACCGCUUAGGUCUAUUUGGAUGUAAGGGUGAAAAUUCAUUUGAUGGAAAUACUUGUGUAUAUUUAAAGACCCAAUUGCUCCUCUGGAGCUUGUAAUUUCAAGAAUGAUUAAUCUGUGUAAUAAACUGGUUACUACAGUCAUUACAUAUAA